GUUGAAGGUAGUGCGACAUUUAUGGAGUUGUUAGAGGGCGAAUUUAUUAAAGAAGAGCAAAGCUGAGAGCGUGUAAUCAAACAGACAUGGAUUUAACUCGGUUACUGUCGCUACUUUUGAUUUUCUGCUGCUUUUCGGCCUCAUGUACAGCAGGACAAGGCCGGGGAUUCAUUGGGUUUAAGGAUGCUGUCAACUCAAAUCAAGUUGUUGUGGACCAUCAAACAAUUGACACACUGAAGAGUAAUCUCACCACAGUCUUCAUCCCUAUCCUCUACAUCAUUGUGUUUGCGGUGGGACUUCCUGCCAAUGGCAUGGCCAUCUGGGUGUUCCUCUUUAGGAUGAAGAAGAAGCACCCGUCCUCCAUCUACAUGGCCAACUUAGCUCUGGCUGACUUGCUCUUUGUCAUUUGGGCACCUCUAAAAAUCCAAUACCAUUUUAACGGCAACAACUGGAUCUACGGGGAGGCGCUGUGCAAAGUCUUUGUGAGCUUCUUCUAUGGGAACAUGUACUGCUCCGUGCUUUUCAUCACCUGCCUCAGUGUGCAGAGGUACUGGGUGGUGGCUCACCCUCUGUCCCAGCAGAGGAAGAACAACAAAGUGGCGGUCGGUGUUUGCGUGGCCAUCUGGGCUUUCAUCUGGAUCACCAGCACACCUCUGUACCUGUACGACCACACCGCACAACUCAAAGACCCCAACAUCACCACCUGCCACGAUGUCAACAUCAUCGAGGACCCUCUCAACCCGUUCCCCUCUGUGCAGCUGCCUUACUACUACUUCAUCUUCAUGGGAUUGGUGGUGUUCCUGGUCCCUUGUAUAGUGAUCGUAGUGGCGUAUGUUCUGCUUCUCCGAGCACUGGGGAACAGCAUGGAGGCCAGCACGGCAGCAAAGAACCGCCACAGAGCCGUGGUGCUGAUCCUGACCGUGCUGUUUACUUUUCUGGUGUGCUUCAUCCCCAGUAACAUCAUGCUGGUGGUGCACUACUCUCUCCUGAAGGAUGGAGUGCUUAAUAACGGUUACAGCUUCUACAUCUCCACAUUAUGCCUGGCCAGCCUCAACAGCUGCCUGGACCCAUUUAUUUACUACUUUGUGUCCGAGGACUUCAGGAACCACGUGAAGAACACUCUCCUGUGCAGGAGCAGCCGGACCGUGGAGAGGAUGAGGGUUUCAUUCAGCUCCAUGAAAUACUCCAGGAAGAGCAAGUCGUACAUGUCGGAGAGUGGGAACACACAGAGCAGCUCCUGCUAGAGGUACGAUGGAUGAAGGAAACAAUAGAAAGACUAAAGGGAUAUCAAGGCUGUGUUUAUUCACUGAAAACAUGGUGCCCCACAGACAUGGGACGCAAAAAGGUGUGUGAUUAGUGCUGGUUAGUCAUAACCACGUUACCUCAACAUAUCAGAUAACCAAAGUUUAACUAUAAAUGUGAAGAUGACUGUGCUGGGACGAGAGCGGAGGACUUUUAAAGAUGUCAAAUACUUAAUUAUGAACUGUUGUUUAGUGUUCAAAUGUGAAACAUGCAUGUAUAUUUUCAUUUUUACACAUAUUAAUGGAGAGAAAGCCUGUUAAAGACUGAUAUUAAGUUCUCUUGGCCGCACGAAAUAUUUGCCAGGAUUUUUGAAUGACCAGUUCACUGCACUGAAGACCAUUUUAAAGAUUAUUUUCAUUAAGGAUUGAUUAAGGAUUGAUCUUGAUUAAUCAAAUAGCGAAACAUUUCUAUUCCAUUUUCUCAAAGUCAAAUAUGAUAUCUUUCAAUGUCAGUUUAAUAUCAUAUAAAACAAAGAAAAGUUGGAAAUGUAUUUUUAAAACAAAGCAACAUCUUUAGUAAAAUAACCAAUUGACUGGAUAUGUUCAGAAGAAUAGAGCAAUAGAGAAUAUCAAGUUAAGCGUUUCUUAUUUAAUAGGAAUUACUGUUAUUAACAGCCAACAUGCAGCCAGCAUUUUUAAUGUAUUUUAAGUGUUGAUUUAAUGUUUGAGUUUGGUGUUAUUGUUACAUAGUUUCUUAAAUAAAUAAUAAAACAACAGGAUGCAG